AUGGAAGACUUUAAGAGAAACAGACACAGGAUCGCAUCUGCUGGCUCAUUCGUUGUCGAUGAAAUCGGUUUUCCAUUAGUGAAGGCAGCGCAUUUUUCUAUGUUUAAAGGAGUUUACUACGCAGGAUCCUUUGUCCAGUCCGCCAUAAAUCUUAUAGAUUCUGUGACAUUUGAGUGUACGAAGCCAGUAAUUCAUAUACAGAUUAGCAACGAAAUUAAAUCUAUUUCCAGCAAAAUCGAAAAAUUCAUGCAUUCAAAUAUCUCUUGGAGUUACGAACUUUUCAUUGAAAGACUCAAUUCUUUUGACAGUCUUCUGGCCGAAGAAAAGCAGGAAGUUGAAAAUUAUUUCUCCUCAAACGGAGUUAGCCUAUAUCAAGAUUCUAUAAUUUCUUCAGAAAAAAUGCAAACAAUUUAUGAAAUUUCGAAACUAAUUAAAUACAACACUCGUGAAUUCCCUGAAAUGUCAAUGAUUUCUUUUGUUAAAUACCUGCUGACUUAUAUUUCUUUGCAAGGUGCAAUGAGAAGAGUUAAUGGGAUAUUUAUUAAUUGGAUAAAUCAUGAAGAACCAACAAUUGGAGAAAUGGUUUAUUUCAGCAAAUAUGCAGUUGCGGCAUAUGGGAAGACGGUUGUUCGGAUAUUGCUAAAACGACAAGUUGGGGAUUUUUUUAAAUCGCUCCCUGAUCGUGAAGUAUUUCGAGACCACUGUAAAAUAGAAGAUGAAGAUAUCAUUUUAUGCAGAUUCGGCACUGAAAAGUUUGAGCCUGCCUAUAUUAUUUCUAAAGACCACAGCAAAAAAUCACUUGUUUUAACUAUAAGAGGAACUUUUUCACUUAAUGACAUUUUUACUGAUCUAACAGCUGAGUUCAUAGAGUACACUUAUGUGAAUAAUGCUACAAAAGAGAGAAUUAAAGGACUGGUACAUUUUGGGAUGCUUAAUUCUGCGCAAUAUCUGUCAGACUCAAUUAAAACCGUCAUUUUGGAAGAACUUGCAAAAUUAAGAGACUAUGAUUUGGUUAUUACAGGCCACAGCUUAGGGGCUGGAGUUGCAAGCUUACUAACGCUAAUAUGAAUGAGUGAUGAAAAUUUUCAAAAUAUUCCAACGAAAACUUUUGCUUAUGGCUGCCCAAGUGUAGUUUCUGAGUCUCUAAAUUUAGUUCUUAAAGAUCGAAUUUUGACUUGUAUUCAUGGAUAUGAUUUUGUAGCGGAGCUGUCGUUGACCAGCAUUUCUAAUUUGUAUGAAGUUAUCAAGAGAUUGAAAACUGAAGAGGAUUUAGGCUGAAUAGAUAUUGCAAAAAUUGCUCACACUUCUAAUAUUAGUGAUAGCAUCGAAAUAAUGGAAAUUAUUAACAGGGUUUAUGAAGGAUUAGAUGAAAAUUGGCUCCAGCCUGCUGGAAAAGUUUAUCAGCUUUAUGAUCAAAAGCACCACGCUGAAUCAAUUAGAUAUGUAUAUAACAGACCUUCAAAUUUGAGGUUUUUGGGAGGAUUUAUCAACCCUGGGUCGUAUAAAAGGAUUCAAUUGGCCUCGCGAUUCUUUAAAGAUCAUUGGCCGGAUACUUAUGAAAAGGCUUUGCUUGGUUUAAGCAGGGGUGAAAUUAUUAAUAUAUAA